UUGUACACACUUUCCAAGCUUUUUUUCUCGAUCGUGAGAAUGCUCAACAACGUGGAUAUCGAAAAUUAUCUUAUGGAACGGGACAAUCGCGAUGAACAAAGCAUGAAGAAGAAAAAAACAGUCGACGAUUCAACUGAUGCAAAUCAAGAUAAAGGCAACAGACAUCUAAUCGCACAUCGUUCUACCGCACGCAUUCUCGAGAGAAGAUAUUCGUUGACUAUAACUGGCUACAAAUACUUGAUCAUUGGUAUCGAUGUCACACUCCCCUCUCACGUAACUAUCACUUUGGGGGAUUGUCACGGUAAAGAGAUUCUGUUUUCACCGGACAUCUGGAGCUUCUCGAACAAAAACACGUUAUCUUGUCCCUUUUGCAGUACGACGAAAACAAUAAAGGAAUACGUGCGCCGUCUCCGAUGUACGUUGGAAAUCUAACGUUACGCUUCGGACGAAUAAAUAAUCUACCAAUACUGCGUCUAGAAACAAGUACAGCUCGUCUAUCCAUGUCGAAAAGUACUGUACUUAAUAUAUUUAAUCUUGAACACUGUGUAAAUCGUCUCAUUUCCUCUCUAACCGCAAUGACCGAUAACGUCGACAAAAAAUUUUCUUGAUUCAAAAGACUUCUUGCUGUCGCGUCCACUGUCACGAAAUCUGCGAACGUGCUAAAAACGAUGUAUGAUAACGAAUCCUUCGAUACUCGAUUGCGAGUUGAUCGCCUUGAUUUUCGGAGAACAUUAA